GAGUCAGGGGUUUGGUGUGAAGGAGGAAGAGCAUCAGCAGCAGUCAAGGUAGCAGAACAUCCUCAGGUUCAGAGAGAGAGAGAGGUGGAAAGAGCAACGGCUGUGGCAGAAUGACGAGAAUGUGGAGGACCACCAAACUCUUGGCUCUGUCCAUGAUGACCCACACGGCAGAGGCUUUCGAAGUGACCGACCCAGCAAUCUGCUACAUCUUAGACGCCUUUCUUCUCCUCUAUGGCAUCGUCUUUACGGCGCUCUACUUCAGGGAGAAGUUUUCUAGAAGUCCACCUAAUGACCAGGGAGAGAACAAAGAUACACAGGAGGCAGUGGGCGCUCAGAGUAACCCAGAGAGCGGGGCGGUGCAGCGACAGCAAGGCCAUGCAGCAGAUGAUCACUAUGCGGCUCUUCAGCCCCGGACGGCUGACACCUACUCACAUAUCGAGAAGAGGAAGAAGAGGACUAAGGAUGCCCAAGUGAAGAAGAACGAAGAUUAUGAGUCUCUCAACCAGGUAACCGCAGAUACUUACAAUACACUGGAGAUGAGGCCUCUUCCCCCGCGGAAUCGUCCAAACUGAGCUCGUCUCCUGCAGUCGUCCCGUCGGGUUCCAGGUGGCCACUUGGUCAUCUACUCUCAGUUCAGAAACAUUUAGGCUACUUUAUUAAUAACCGCAAACAAUCCUGUUACACACUCACCCCUCUUUACUAACUUAAGGGAUGAGUCGUUUUCUGGAAGUCUUGUUUUUAUUAAAAACCUGUCCUUAUAUUUUGAGGCCUCGGUGGCUCUACUUAGUUAGAUCCCUGGUGAUGAAGUUCUAAAACCAUCUGGGUUACCAAGUUUUAGGAAUAGUUGCUGAGAGUGUUCUGAGAUUGGUUCUUGCAGAAUUCUAAGUGUUCAUUUUUGUCUUUUAUGCUUUUUCUUUUUAUAAACUAUGGAAAUUAAAAGUGGCCAAUUAUUUGAAACAA